AUGCAAACUUGUACUAGAAUUGAAAGUAAUGGUGAAUUGUUGGAUACUAAAGGGUUAACAAAAGACCGCGAUUCCUCUCUUGCCAGAUGCAAAGGAGGAGGAACAGAGCGAUUCCACCAUCAACAGCACUUUUGUCUUUUUGGACUUUUGCAUUUAACCAAUGGAAUGAAAUUUUUGGUGAGCGUUGGCCUGGUUUUAACGGUCGUUUUAUGCAUUCUUGAGGCUAUUUGGUUUAGGCGUGCUCUCUGUGUGAUGAUCGUCCCUUUAAGUAUUUCUUUAAUUUCGACUUGUCCAAUGGAUUUUCAGGUGUGGUUGUUUUGUCAGCUAUUGCCAUUUUCAGGCAUAAACCCUCUUUCCUUUGGCCAAUCAUAGGAAUUUCGGUAUUUUAUAGAUUUUAUAUGAUUAAAAAAAUAAAGAGGAUUUUUUUAGUUCUUUCACUUAUUUUUGGAUGCAUAUGCAACUAUUGUCUUUCUAUUUUUCUUUAUUUACAAACCACUUUACAUUAUAAUGGUUAGUAAGUACAUUUACUCGAUUUGGGUAAACCGAGUUUUAAGACACCCAUUUUUUAUAAUUUAAUUUUUUGUUACCUUCCUCGAAAAUUAGGUUAAAAAAUUGCGAACGCAAACUCUUGUAGAAAAAUUCAAUAAUGGAACCGGACUUGUAAGCUCUGAAAGAGGGGGCUAUAAAAUGGGGGGCUACAACCAA